AUGCGGACAAGCAUCAGCGACGAUGACGAGAAGAAUGCAAGGCGCUGUACUGACUGUCGUACUCUACUGCUGGUCCCUGCCAAGCUAGGGCCGAAUUCGGUUAAUGUACGAUCAACCCAGUUCACGUCCGCUUCAGUCUCUCCUCUUCCUUUCUUUACCACCCCCUUCUUCGCCUUCUUCUCUAUCGUCAUCGGCGGUCCGGUACACCGCAAGAUCUGGAUUACCGGGCUGGGCAUGAAUGCUGCUUGGCGAUCCCGUCGAGCCGGGGCGGCCUUCCGUGGAUGCUCAUGCAUCGCAGGACAACUCCACACAAUCAAUCGAUCGAAGAAGUUUCCUAUAGAUGAAACACAUUAAUUCCAAGAGGUUCUAUUCAUCGAAAUACAAUUUGCAUAGUAACCGAUUUGAUCGAACUUCGUAAAGGAAAUUGCCUUCCACGACGGAGGUUUCCACGGCCUUCACUUCGCAAGCGAAAGCCACAUACGCUCGUAUACACGAGGCUGAAGCAGCCACUGCUGAUGACUGAUGGACAACCACAAAUAGUCAUCCAGAUUCAUCAACUACCAUUGGCCACUGACUUUAUAUCUUCUUACGCCAACGCCUUUGGAUUACAACCACCCUGCGACAGUUCGGACCUGGUUCUU